AUUCUUUUUUUCCACUCUAACUUCAACAGGAUGAAUUUUUUUUAGAUCAUUUGACAAAGAUUAAUUCUCAGCAUUGAUAUUUAUCUGAUUCGGUUCCCGUCUCCUUCGUCGUUUUCGAUCUUAUCACGGAGCAAUAUACAAUUCUAAAAAUUUGUUCCCUGUUUUUUUUGGGCAAAUAAGAGUCGCGACAGUAUAGGUCAUGAAGCAUAUAUGUAUUGAAACGAUUAAAGAUGUCCAUUUAUAAAGCGUACAUGUCUAUUUGCAAAAUCUUCGCGAAUUUAACCGUUUUAUAUACCUGUUGUAAAUCAAGACUGAUGUUACGUGUAAUACAAGUAAGGCAUAUAGAAUCAAAUACCACAUCACCAUUAUCAGUAGACACGAAGAUUUCGUCAAGAGUAGUUUUCCAAGCUUAAAUAAGAUAACUUCGUUGAUUGCACAUAUAUCAAUGUAAUGGUCUGUCUUGUUAAAUCGUAGCCGGUCAAUUUCUAAUAGACAUCUCUCGAUAUCGCGUUUGAUAAGUUUAUAGAAGAACAUUAAAAUUAGAAAUAUCAAAGAAAGUGUUCAGUGAACGUCCAAAACGAGCGUAACAUCUUCGGUGAUUCGACGGAAUCGCCUAAAAUCGAUAUGAUAGAUAAUAAUACAACAUCCAUUCUCAUCGAUAAUAAAUUGGAACAUCUUACUUUCGGAUGGACCGAUUACACCCUCUUCGUCUUCUUGUUAGGCAUCAGUAUGAUUAUUGGCGUUUAUUUUGGUUUCUUCAAAAAACAAGACAGUACCACCGAGUAUCUACUCGGUGGUAAAACUAUGUCUUUCUUUCCGAUCAGUAUGAGUCUAAUCGCGAGUCAUAUAUCCGGUGUAUCUUUGCUUGGCGUGCCUUCAGAGGUGUAUCAACAUGGCAGCCAAUAUGCAGCGUGCAUCUUUACGUCUUUCAUAACGUGCUCGAUCAUUGCUUACAUCUACUUACCAGUCUUUUUCAAAUUACAAUUGACUAGUAUAUUUGAGUAUUUAGAAAUUAGAUUUGCCCGAUCUGUGCGAUUGUUCGCAUCAUUUCUGUACUGUUUAUCUCUCGUCAUUUACAUUCCUUUGAUUAUUUACGUUCCCGCUUUAGCAUUUUCUCAAGCAACAGCAAUUAAUUUACAUCUAAUUGCACCUGUGAUUUGCAUUGUUUGCAUCUUUUAUACAACUAUAGGGGGUUUAAAAGCGGUCGUAUGGGCGGACACGGUUCAAAUGACAGUAACCGUAGGAAGCUUGUUUGCUGUUCUUUUGUUAGGGAUCAGAUCGGUGGGCGGUGUUACCGAAAUUUGGAAAAUAGCGGAUGAAGGUGGGAGGGUUGUGUUUUGGAACAUGAAUCCGAGUCCCUUUACUAGAAAUUCUUUUUGGGGUAUGUCGAUAGGCAUGUCAACGACAUGGCUUGUCGGCAUGGGUAUCAGUCAAGUUUCCAUGCAAAGGUUUUUGGCUGUACCAACGAUGACAGAAGCAAGAAAAUCAAUAGCAUUUAUGGCAGUUGGGUUGGUGUUAGUUAAAUGGAUCUCGGUAUUCACUGGGCUUAUUAUGUACGCUAAAUAUUAUAAAUGCGACCCAAUAACAGCACACGUAGUAUCAAGGAGCGAUCAAAUUUUACCAUAUUACGUGUUGGAUGUAGCUGCUAAUGCACCAGGUCUACCAGGACUUUUCCUUGCCGGUUUGGUUAGCGCUGGACUUGCCACCAUGAGUGGUGGAUUAAACACAACAGCAGGUACAAUUUACGAGGAUUUCAUCGAACCUUGGAUGCCCGAUACUCCUGACAAAGAGAAAAAAGCAGCUACGAUUAUGAAGAUCACGGUAGUUAUUAUAGGCACUAUUUGUGUGGCUUUGGUCUUCGUAGUCGAUCGUCUUGGAGACGUUUUUCAAGUGUCUAUGAGCUUGACCGGGAUUACAGCUGGCUCAAUGUUGGGUCUGUUCAGUUUAGGUAUGUUAGUACCAUGGGCAACAACAAAGGGUGCUGUUGUUGGUAGCUCAUUCUCUAUGGCAUUAAUGGUAUGGAUCAUUGCUGGUGCUCAAUGGAAUAUGGCUCUUAAAAAGUUGAUCUAUAAGCCUCUUCCAACUUCUACUGCCGAAUGUUUCCUUAAGAAUGAUACUUUAAACAAUCAUACCACAACAAUGCUGACAAAUGUGCCCACAGUUGACGUUGAGAACGAACCUUUCAUCCUUUACACGAUUUCUUUUAUGUAUUAUACUUUGAUCGGUUGUUUGGUCGUAAUGGUGAUCGGUACUAUCGUAAGUUUCCUUUGCGGAGCACCAGAUCUUAAUGAAGUCAAUAAAGAUCAUUUUCCACCAAUCAUUCGAAGAUUUCUACCACGUAAAAAGUACACCGAAGUGUCAUUGCAUUCUGUACCAACUUCGCUGAUGACGGAAAAAAGCGAAUUAAUGUCCUAGAAAGAAUUUCAUAAGUU